AUGACGCUUAACCGCAUAACGAAUGUCCUGGAGCGUUUAGCUGAGAGCCAAGACCUUGAGCCAAUCAACCAACCUAGAAACCAAGAGAAGGGUGAGAAUGGAGCUUUAGACCGAUUCCUGAAGUUCGCCCCACCUAAGUUUCAUGGAGGUUCUGAUCCCGAGGUAGCUAAAAAUUGGUUUGAAAGGAUGUUAGAGAUUUUUGUUACUUUAGAUUAUGCCGAGGAAAGGGCAAAGUGGGAAAGAGAACAAACUCUCUGGAGUUGGGCCAACUUUGAGAGGGAGUUUAUUGUCAAGUUCCUCCAGCCAAUGACAAAAGAAAAGAGGGAGGACGACUUUAUUAAAUUGAAGCAAGGGUUACUAAGUGUGGUCGAGUAUGAGGAACAGUUUACCAAACUUUCCAAAUUUGCCCUUGAGCUAGUGAUCAUGGAGCGCAAAAGGAUAAGGAGGUUUAUUCAAGAGUUAAAAGUAAAAAUCCAAGAAUCGCUAGCAGCCGCCCAGAUCGCCACUUUUUCCGAUGCUUUGGAUAAGGCACAGAGGGUAGAAAAUACUAAGUCUCAAUCUAAACCUUUUCACGCUAGAAAGAGGGGUAAUCCAAUCGAUACCCCUAGAAAGUCCGAGAAAUCUACCCAACCCCUUAAUGUGGGAAGAGGGGCUGGAGGAGUGAGGAUGCCCGAAAAAUCUGGAGAAUCAGAGUGGGCGAGAUCAGCAAAAAGGGAAAUCUCAAACCGGUCAGGCCGUGACUCCUCACGUAACUUGUGGAUACUGUGGCAAGUUUAA